AUGGACCUCUCUGCCAUCUACGAGAAUGGCAAGCUCGUGAAGUGUUUUACAACUGGGGCGGGGCGUCGUCACCUUACCUUUUCUGGUGGCCUAACCGAACCUUAUUCCGCCUCUCAGAGCCUCCUGUCGCUGAGCCCUGACCCAUCCGACCACGGAGGAACCGAGUCCUCCUCGGGACUUUGGAACAUAAACUCUGACUCCAUCCCAUCGGGGGUCACCUCUCGCCUGACUGGCCGCUCCACCAGCCUGGUGGAGGGCCGAAGCUGCGGCUGGGUACCCCCACCCCCUGGAUUCGCACCCUUGGCUCCCCGCCCGGGCCCUGAGCUGUCGCCCUCACCUACUUCGCCUACCGCAACUCCCACCACCUCCUCUCGAUACAAGACCGAGCUCUGUCGGACCUACUCUGAGAGCGGGCGCUGUCGCUACGGGGCCAAGUGUCAGUUUGCCCACGGCCUGGGUGAACUGCGCCAGGCCAAUCGCCACCCCAAGUACAAAACGGAACUCUGCCACAAGUUCUACCUCCAGGGCCGCUGUCCCUACGGCUCUCGCUGCCACUUCAUCCACAGCCCCAACGAGGACCUGGCUGCCCCCGGCCAGCCCCAUGUGCUCCGACAAAGCAUCAGUUUCUCAGGCCUGCCCUCAGGUCGCAGGACCUCACCGCCACCCGCAGCCUUCCCCGGCCCUUCCCUGUCUUCCUGUUCCUUUUCGCCCUCCAGUUCCCCACCCCCACCCGGGGACCUUCCACUUUCCCCUUCUGCCUUCUCUGCUGCCCCCGGGACCCCUGUGACUCGAAGAGACCCUACCCCAGCCUGCUGCCCCUCCUGCCGAAGGUCGACUACCCCUAGCACCAUCUGGGGGCCCUUGGGUGGUCUGGCUCGGAGCCCAUCUGCACACUCUCUGGGAUCCGAUCCUGAUGACUACGCCAGCAGCGGCAGCAGCAGCCUGGGUGGGUCAGACUCACCCGUGUUUGAGGCCGGGGUGUUUGGGCCUCCCCAGCCCACGGUGCCCCCAAAGCGUCUUCCCAUCUUCAAUCGCAUCUCUGUCUCUGAGUGACAGGUGCCUACCCAGUUAUGGAUCGGCCUAGAUCUCAAAGGGGGAGGGACUGCUUGUUGCUAUGGGGACCUUAGUGGGGGGAACACCUAAAGUUA